GAGACGGUCGCGCGGUGAUGACGUUGCGGGGGCCUGGUCGGGUGUCGCGGACUCCGGAGAUGGAGGAAAAGGAGCAAUUACGGCGGCAGAUCCGCCUCCUGCAGGGUCUCAUCGAUGACUACAAAACCCUCCACGGCAAUGCCUCUGCCCCAGGCACCUCCGCUGCUCCCCAGUGGCCGCCGCCCACGUACAGCAGCAGCAGGGCCUUCAGUGCUCGCUACCCUCGUGUGAGCCGGAGGGGCUUCUCCCCUGACCGUGGGCCUGCGUGGCGCAAGAAAUACUCCCUCGUGAACCGGCCCUUGGGAUCCUUGGACCCCCCCGGUGACUGUGCUGCGCAGCCGCCCCUUGGGGCUGGGGGCAGCCAGGGUCCUGACCCCCAGCAGUACAUCUUGGAGAGGCAGGUCCAGCUCAGUCCAGAUCAGAACAUGGUCAUCAAGAUCAAACCACCGUCAAAGCCGGGCUCGGCUAGUGCUGCAGGGCUCCUGCGGGGCUCCUUGGAAGAAUACGAGGACCCCCCCUGGAGUGACCACAGGCCUCAGGAAGGUGAGGGUGAGCCCCCUGGUGGGCAGCGGCAGCCCUCGAGGCCAGGAAGAGCCAAGGGGAGCUGCAGUGCGGAGGACCCCCUGCUGCUCUGCCAGAAGGAGCCCUGCAAGCCCCGGGUGGUGAAGUCGACGAGCAGUGUGAGCGACAGCCCCUCGGAGCCCCGGCGGACGGUCAGUGAGAGCGCAGUUGCGGUCAAGGCCCGCUUCCUGCCUUCCAGCCUGCCCCAGCGGGGUGGCACGGCCGCGGGCCAGAAGGUGGGCUCACAGUCUGUGGCCAGUGGUGUUACACAGCUGCUUGCGGACGGGAGAGCAAACGCUGGCCACGCAGAUCAGGCAGCUGCCUCUGGCCUGGUGGCAGGGCCAGCUAGACCUGCUGCUGGACCCAGGCAGACCCGGGAGCCCUCGCUGCUGGUGUCCUGUCGGAUCAACAAGUUCCGGAAAAACAACUACAAGUGGGUGGCUGCCUCGGCGAAGAGCCCCCGGGCCCCGCGGAGGGCCCUCGGUCCCAGAGUGGCCGCGGAGAGUGUGUGCAAGGCCCCCUUUGCCUCAGCGGAGCGAACGGAGAAGCUGCAGCUCGGAGCCGGCCCAGAUGCCAAGCCCAGGAGGUCGGCCUCAUCCUCCGUGCCUGGGGCCUCCCCCAGCAAGUACAAGUGGAAGGCUUCCAGCCCCUCGGCCUCCUCGUCCUCCUCCUUCCGUUGGCAGUCAGAGGCUGGCAGCAAGGACCACACCUCCCAGCUCUCCCCAGUCCCAUCUAGGUCCCCCCCAGGGGACAGACCCGCGGUGGAGCCCAGCAACUUGAAGCCCCUCUUCAGUGAGACCCCGCUCUCCGCUUACAAAGUGAAGAGCCGCACCAAGAUCAUCCGGAGGCGGGGGGGUGCCAGCAUUCCUGGGGACAAGAAGAGCAGCCCCCCACCUGCUGCCACCGCCAAGAGUCAGUUCAGCCUGCGGCGGAGGCAGGCCCUCCGGGGGAAGAGCAGCCCCGUUUUGAAGAAGAUGCCCAACAAGGGCCUAAUGCAGGUCACCAGGCACCGGCUGUGCUGCCUGCCUCCAAGCCGGGCCCACCUCGCCACCAAGGAAGCCUCCAGCCUGCACGGCCAGCGGACCCCUCCCGCCAGCAAAGUGAUCAAGACUCGCUACCGCAUCGUCAAGAAGACCCCGGCCUCGCCGCUCAGCACUGCCCCCGGCCCCCCGGCCCCACCCUCCUGGCGGGCGCGGAGGCUCUCCCUGUCCAGGUCCCUGGUGCUGAACAGCCUGCGUUCUGCCCCAGCGGGUGGAAAGGCCCAGACGGGCUCCCCUCGGUGGCGGAACAAGGGCUACCGCUGCAUCGGAGGCGUCCUCUACAAGGUGUCGGCCAACAAGCUCUCCAAGACCUGCGGCCGGCCCAGCACCGACGGGGGCGGCAGGCCCCCCCUGCGCGCAGGCCGCUUGGACCCUGCCAGCAGCUGCAGCCGCUCCCUGGCCAGCCGGGCCGUGCAGCGCAGCCUGGCCAUCGUGCGGCAGGCGCGGCAGAGGCGGCGGCGGAGGAAGGAGGAGUACUGCAUGUACUAUAACCGCUUCGGCCGGUGCAACCGCGGCGAGCGCUGCCCCUACAUCCACGACCCUGAGAAGGUGGCCGUGUGCACCAGGUUUGUCCGGGGCACCUGUAAGAAGACGGAUGGGACCUGCCCCUUCUCCCACCACGUCUCCAAGGAGAAGAUGCCCGUGUGCUCCUACUUCCUGAAGGGGAUCUGCAGCAACAGCAACUGUCCCUACAGCCACGUCUACGUGUCCCGCAAGGCCGAGGUCUGCACCGACUUCCUCAAAGGCUACUGCCCGCUGGGCGCAAAGUGCAAGAAGAAGCACACACUGCUGUGUCCGGACUUCUCCCGCAGGGGCAUCUGCUCCCGGGGCGCCCAGUGCCAGCUGCUGCACCGCAACCAGAAGCGCCUCGGCCGGCGGGCAGCCACACCACCGGCUCCGGAGCCCAACCACACGCCCCCCAGGAGCAGGGCUUCCACCAGCCACGGGCCCAGGACGUCCUCGGCCGCCCAGAGCCCCACCAGACAGACGUCCAGCUCCCCAGCCUCCGCGACUGCUGGCUCGGCCUCCCCACCCCCAUCCCCACGGGUGUUAGCCGUGGCCUCUGCCUCCUCCUCCUCCUCCGUCUCCUCCCCCUCUCCCUCCUCUCCCUCCUCCCCCUCCCCCUCGUGCCCCUCCCCCUCCUCCCCCUGCGCCUCCCUGUCCCUGGACCAGGAGGAGCUGUCGCUGCAGGAAGAGGCCGCCUCGGCGGGCACGGGCUCUGGCAGCCUCUCCAAGCUGCCGUCCUUCAUCUCCCUGCAGUCCUCGCCGAGCCCAGGAGGCCAGCCCAGGGCCCGGACCCCCAGGAGUGCCCCCACCAAGGACUCAGGCCUUACAGACCUCCUGGGAGCCGGGACGGGGGCAGGCGGAGGCGGGCAGAGGCCAGUGGAGCCGGCAGGCCGGGGCCCUGGCUGGCUGGGCUGACCUCUAGGCACCAGCUGGGCUGAGCAGGUGACUGGGGUCCUCAGCCCUGAAGUGGGGUCCCAGGAGGAGAGGCGGGCUUGCAGGGGGCACGGGGACGGUUCCAUGCCUGUGGGCAGCCACACAGAGGCGCCUGUGGUCCGCGGGUUUGCUGGCCUGCGGGGUGGUCUCGCGUGUUGACAGGAGGGGAGAGGCGUCGGCGCCCCGUGUGGGGGCCAUACAGGGCGGGAGCCUGCUUUGCUGGGGGAAGCCUUUCCCUCUCCGCCCCUCCUGCCGCCAGGCCCGUCAUCCUGCCCUGGGGUCUCAGCCCCGCUCCUCACCCCCGCUCCUCACCCGGCAAACUGCUGGCACACACCCUGGCUUUUCACAUGUUGAGGGCUCCGUCCGGCAGCCUCAGCCUCGUCCAGGUGCAAGCCCGUGCUGCGUCUGCGUGCAGGCCGCCUGCACCGGGUGUUUAUGGCUCCGCCUGCAGGCUGCUGCAGUGCGCACCGUGACCCACCUGCUGCCAAGGGGCUACCCCGCCUGGCAGGCUGUGGCCCCUGCCCCCCCCUCAGCCCCACAGGCCAGCCCAGCACCGUGCUAGACGCUGGGCCCCAGCACAGGCAGUGGGUGGUGGGCUCGGGUCGAUGGUGUCAGAGCCCCCUCCCCACUCCUCACGGUCCCUGACCCAGAGGCUUUGGGAGGCAGGGCGUUCCUCCUGGCUGGGGCGCUCCUGGGGCCUGACCUCUGCCCCUCUCGGAACAGGGAAAUCGCUGCACAUCAAACCCCGUCUGUGAGGGCCCAGGGGGCCAGCCCAUGCCUACCUCAGCCCCUCGUCCCUGGAGAGGAAGGAGGCUCUGCCCCCCACCGCCCCAGAGGAGGGGCCGCCUGCCACGGAGUGGCCCCCA